GCGGCUACAAGAGGGGCGGGAGCGGCGGGGGCAGAGCCGGCGGGCUGGACCGCGGCCCCUCCGGUACCGGUGCCGUCUCCAAGCCCUGCCAAGCCGCCGCCUGCCCGCGCCGCACGACAGGGGCAGCCAUGGGCAAGCACAGCAGCAAGCUGGCCCCAGAGAUGCUGGAUGACCUGGUGAGGAGCACAGAGUUCAGUGAGCAGGAGCUGAAGCAAUGGUACAAGGGCUUCCUCAAGGACUGUCCCACCGGCAUCCUCAACCUGGAGGAGUUCCAGCAGCUCUACAUCAAGUUCUUCCCCUAUGGAGAUGCCUCCAAGUUUGCCCAGCAUGCUUUCCGUACCUUCGACAAGAACGGUGAUGGGACCAUCGACUUCAGGGAGUUCAUCUGUGCCCUGUCUGUCACCUCCAGGGGCACCUUUGAGCAGAAACUCAACUGGGCCUUUGAAAUGUAUGACCUGGACGGGGAUGGGAAGAUCACACGCCUGGAGAUGCUGGAGAUCAUUGAGGCCAUUUACAAGAUGGUGGGGACUGUGAUCAUGAUGAGGAUGAACCAAGAUGGGCUGACACCCCAGCAGCGUGUUGACAAGAUCUUCACAAAGAUGGACAAGGACAAGGAUGACCAGAUCUCCCUGGAGGAGUUCAAGGAGGCAGCGAAGAGCGACCCCUCCAUCGUCCUCCUCCUGCAGUGCGACAUGCAGAAAUAGAGCCCUGGGGGCUCAUCGCUGGACUGGCUGCAGCCAACCUCUUCUCCCUGUGGUGGUUUCCAUCCCCAGUUUCUGCUGAGUUUCCCCCUGUACCUGCUUGGCCCCAGGUGUGAGCCACGCUCCAUCCCUCCUGCCACUCAUCUGCCUCCUGGGCAGCCUGCAGCCCAUGGGCUGUAGUUCUCCCUCAAUGGGUGAAGACCCCUCUGGGUAUUUUCAGCUUGAGGUUACCCCCAAAUCAACCCUCCCCUGUCCUGGAGCUGGACUCCCAGCAGCAGAUGGCAAGCAUCCUGUUUCCCCAGGGCCAACUGCUCCCACAUCCCUGCUGCUUCCUCCCUGCUUUCCCCCACUGCUCUGCCUGGCCCAUUCCCUUGUCCUAACUGAAACCAGGUCUUUCCACUUUCUGCUGAUCUCCCCUCAUUGUUUGUGGUGCCUCCAGGGAGGCUGAAAUGUCCCAAGUCCUGGUCUCUCCUUCACUGGCAAUUCCCUGCAAGGCUGCCUGGAGGGUCCAGGGCUGGCCCCAGGGUGCUGGGGAGCUUGGGCAGGGUGCUGCCCCCUCCCUAACGGCUCGCUGCCUUGGCUUCCUCUGCCCAGCUUCAGGUUUUCCACCUCUGCUUUUGCUGCUGGGAACGGCCAGGGUUGGUCAGGGGACUUUAAGGGGAGAGCAAGUGUCCAAGGCCACCCCUGGAUGUGGCCAGUGUCUGAUCCCAGAAGCCGCCUUCUACCACAUCAUCUGUGUGAGCUGGCAGAGCAAGCGGGUGACCUCCAUAACUGCCCCAGCAGCAUCUUGGAUGCUUUGUGGCAUUUCUGGCCUUCCUGGAUACUGAAGUGAUGCCUGGUGUCCCAAAUCAAAGCCAAGGACUGCCCGACUCCGUGGGCUGCCCUGGAACAAGGUCAGGAGUGUGAGUGUUAAAGGCAUACCCUGGUGCUACUCCAGGUCAGUGGCACUACUGUGGGGACUGGUGGGUCCAGGACUGGGGCUGUGGAGAGGUGUGGAUGGGUGCCGUACCUGCUGAGCCUCCUGGCAGGGCUCUGAGGCCACAAGAAACAUGUUUGUCUCCUUCCUACCCCCAUCCCAACUUGCUGCCUCCAUCCCUCCUGCCCCAGGACAGGAAUAUUGUCACAGAUUGAUAUGUAGUUUGCACGUUGUGGUGUUGAUGACUGUAAUAUCUGUUAGGAGAUGGUGAAGUUGUUAUCUAUUUUUUUAAUGGAAAAAUAAACAGUCCCCCCUGUGUGGUGUCCCCUGGAAUAGCUUCCUGGGGGGCAGCUGGCUGCUGCAGCUAUGGGGAGGGUGAGAUGACAACACUGCAUUCAUGAGCAUCAUUUAUGGGUCUCAUCUGAGCCUGUGAUGCUCCAAGGAGAAAAGCCCUUGGGGACAGCACAGUGGGGCUCAGUCUGGGGAGCCUUGAAGAUCGGUGAGAGUGUAACCCCUCAGCCAUGCAGGUAGCUUUGGGGAAGGGAAUGU